UUUGUUGUUGAGAAGAACAUAGAAGUGAGUGAGAAAGAGAAAGAAAUGGAGAAUGCAGCGGCAGCACCAACAGGAUGCUACAAGUGCGGCCGCCCAGGCCACUGGUCGCGUGACUGCCCCUCCUCCGCCUCCGCCUCCGCUCCGAUCCCUAAUUCGGAAUCCACAAGACCUUCUUCCUCUUUCAAGACCACAGGCACCGGCGUAGCCAAAUCCACUGAAAAGCCUAAGAAGGCACCGAGAACUAGGCCUAAGCUCACACCUGAGCUCAUCCUCUCCGAUGAUGGCCUUGGCUACGUUCUUCGCCACUUUCCUCGCUCCUUCAAGUUCCGCGGCCACGGUCACGAGGUUAGCGAUUUGGGAAACCUAAUUGGGUUGUAUAGUGAAUGGCACUCCCGUUUACUCCCUUAUUACUCAUUCGAUCAGUUUGUGCAUAAAGCAGAACAAGUUGCCGCUACAAAGCGUGUAAAGAUGUGUCUUAGAGAACUACGAGAGAGGGUUGCCAAAGGAGGGGAUCCCACAAAGUUGCAUGAACCACUAGUACAUGACGAUUCAAAUGUUGAGCAAGUGCCUGCAGAAGCCAUGAACUCUGAAGCACCAAGCCAUCACCAGGGAGACCCAUCUUCAAGGAAUAAUGAUGCUGAUGAUAUACAGGACAUGUUCCAUGAUGUCCAUGAGACAGCUACUGAAAGUUUGCACUGUGAGGAAGUUGCUGCUGACACAAAUCAAGUUCCAAAUAAUGGAACUACUAAAAUUAGCGAAAUUCAGAUCACAGAAGAACAGAAAACUCGUAUGGAAUCGAGCAGGUUGAAGGCAUUAGAGAGAGCUGCAGCUCGGGCCCGCUCAUUACAGGCACCAUAACAUAUUUCUUAAUCUCGUGAUUGUAAUUUUGUUCAAUUGUGUCAUUAUUGCUUUAUCAUUUACAUGGCCAUAAGUGUCGGUCUGAACUCUGUUUCUUGGUAUAUGACAAAUUGGUUUCAUUCAGGCUUUUAUGAAACUUUUGAGUGUGUUUGAAUACAA